GAUUGUGGUGAACAGAAAAUCUGUAAAUGUUUGUAUACUCUUAAUCUAGACCACGGAAAAAUUUACCAACUGGUCUUUAUGAACAUGGCCAAAGGCAAGGGUUGGUCACAUCCUAUUCACAUGCACGGUCAUUCAUUCUAUGUAUUGAAAAUGGGUUAUGGAUCGUACAAUGAAACAACAGGGAUAUUAUUGGAAGAAAAUAUGGAUAUAGAUUGCCGUGGCAAUAUUCCUAGAUCAGAGAGACUUGAACUCAAGAAUCCACCAAGAAAAGAUACGAUAAUUGUUCCUACUGGAGGUUAUGUUGUGGUAAGAAUCAAGGCUGAUAAUCCUGGUGUUUGGUUCAUGCAUUGUCAUAUUGAGCUACACAAUAUGGACGGAAUGGCUUUGCUUAUUAAUGAAUCUUAUGGACACCACCCGAGAGCACCAAACGGUUUUCCAAGAUGUGGUGAU